UCCAAACGCAAGCAGUACUACCUACAGUCCCACUUCACAAUUGCUUCUCUCUCACCAACCAAACCAGAACAACAAUGGCCGCCAUUUUGCCUCACUCUCACGUCUCCUCCUCUGUUCGAUCCUCCCAUGCACCCUCUCUCUCCUCCCGUUUCUCUCUCUCCCGUCACAAUCCCCGGCGAUCCCUGCGUUUUCCAUCCGGUCUCGCGGUGAUUCGGGACCGAAUUUCGUGUCAGGCUACCUCUGCUACUUCUCCGCCUUCGAUUUUCGCAUAUGAACAAGCAAAAGGAGAGGCUAAAGAUUUUCUGCACAUUAGUGACUUUGACGGAGCAACUAUUUUGAAGAUCUUGGAUCGUGCCAAAGAGGUCAAGGAACUUAUUAAAUCAGGGGAGAGGACAUAUCUCCCAUUCUAUGGGAAAACCAUGGCAAUGAUCUUUGCUAAGCCAUCCAUGAGGACACGAGUUUCGUUUGAGACUGGUUUCUUCUUGCUUGGUGGCCAUGCUUUAUAUUUGGGACCAGACGAUAUCCAAAUGGGUAAGCGAGAGGAAACUCGGGAUGUGGCUCGAGUGCUUUCUGGCUAUAAUGACAUCAUUAUGGCACGCCUUUUUGCUCAUCAGGACAUUCUGGAUCUGGCUAAGUAUGCAACUGUACCUGUAAUCAAUGGGCUGACAGAUUACAACCAUCCUUGUCAAAUAAUGGCUGAUGCGCUCACAAUAAUCGAACACGUUGGUCAGUUGGAAGGAACAAAGGUUGUUUAUGUUGGUGAUGGAAACAACAUUGUACACUCUUGGCUGUUGUUGGCAGUGGUUGUUCCUUUCCAUUUUGUCUGUGCCUGCCCUAAAGGUUUUGAACCAGAUGAGAAGACAGUUGAGAAGGCAAAGCAGGCUGGAAUUAGCAAAAUUGAGAUAACAAACGAUCCAAAGGAAGCUGUUAGAGGAGCUGAUGUGGUAUAUUCAGAUGUGUGGGCCAGCAUGGGCCAAAAGGAAGAAGCUGCUUAUCGGCGCCAAAAGUUUGAAGGCUUCCAGGUGGAUAAAGCUCUUAUGCAACUAGCUGGUCCAAAGGCCUAUUUUAUGCAUUGCUUACCGGCAGAAAGAGGUGUGGAGGUUACUGAUGAAGUUAUUGAAGCUUCAAACUCCAUUGUCUUUCCCCAAGCCGAGAACCGUAUGCACGCACAAAAUGCAAUAAUGCUUCACGCGCUUGGCUUGUGAUCGCGUCUUCCUGGCAUAACAUCUUGAGGAGCUCCAAUUUGAAAUGUAGGCAAAAUUGCUUGUUUUUCUUGAAUCCGUACUUUUUGAUCCUUGACAGAGUUAGAACUUCUGCAGUUAAGUCCGUGAUCUGGGGUUUUUUUUCAUAUCAAGGUAGUGGCAGAAUAGGCUAGAAAACUUGUUGCUUUGUCCCUUGGAUGCAUCUUUUUCCAUUUCCCCGUCUAUUUGGUGGAGAAUAAGAACCAUUUUUUCAACAUAACCCAAAAA